UAAACGUAUUUCUUAUCAUAUGUUUUUUAUUCGUUAUUGGCUAAAUAACACAGUGAAAUAAACAAGCUAAUUUGGCAAUACGAGGAAAAUUUAUAGUACCUCCAUAAGUAACAUCAAUUACGUUUGUCAUGAUCAGAGCAACACUUAAUCACACAUUUGCCAGCGUUAUCAACAGUCAAUUUUGAAAUGAAAUAACCGAAGUCUUUUGGAAUAUUAAUAUUUAAUAUUUGCAAUUUGGCGCCGUUAUAACAACGACGUGAACGUAGACGAAAUUCAAAAGGGUGAACACGAGCGGGUGACAGACAACUUGUUCCAUCAAUGUGGCGCCGGCGGUGAUUGAAUGAUAAAUUGGAUGUGUCCGUGAGCGGAGAUUUUGGCAUAGAGCACGAGUUAGAACGAUCGUUUUUCUGAGUAGAAAGAGAGAGCAAAUUCGAGUACGAUUACCUGAAAAGUUCGCGCACGUUGACGCUCUCAGAGAACUUCGUUAAUCUAUUUGAAUGACGAUGACAGUGUGCUGACCGUCUCACCGAUACGGGAGCUAUGGCGAACAUUGCGGCGCAGAGAAUCAAACGCGAAUUUAAAGAGGUUAUAAAAAGCGAAGAGGUUGCAAAAUGUGCGAUAAAGGUUGAAUUAGUAAAUGAUAGUUAUACUGAAUUAAAAGGUGAGAUUGCUGGUCCACCAGAUACACCGUAUGAAGGAGGUAAUUUUGUACUCGAGAUUAAAGUUCCCGAGACAUAUCCCUUCAAUCCUCCUAAAGUGCGAUUUAUAACAAAAAUAUGGCACCCUAAUAUAUCUUCGGUAACAGGUGCCAUUUGUUUGGAUAUAUUGAAAGAUCAAUGGGCUGCUGCUAUGACUUUACGUACAGUACUGUUGUCAUUGCAAGCUUUAUUAGCUGCGGCGGAGCCGGAUGAUCCGCAAGAUGCAGUAGUAGCCAAACAAUAUAAGGAACAUCCAGAAAUGUUCCGUCAAACUGCCAAACAUUGGACGUUUGUAUAUGCAGGUGGACCAGCAAAGAUGCCUGAUUUAGAUGACAAAAUAAGGCGACUAACAGAUAUGGGAAUUGAGGAACACAAUGCAAGAGUUGCUUUAUCCUCUUAUAAUUGGGAUUUGGAACGUGCCACUGAGCAGCUUUUCAGUUAGUGAUAACUGUAUAGUUAAUCUGUCAUAUAAAAGCACUGCUCAUUUUGUCAUUACAAAACUUCUGUAAUACCACACCCAAGUAUUGAUACCAUAGCAGUUUCAUAAUCAAAUUCAGCACUUGUAACGACAAUAUUUCAAUGGAAAAAAAACAUUCACGGGAAAUUGAUUUAAUAUCCUUGAAAUAAUAGUCAUUUAUUUAACUUGUAAGAUAGGCAUGAACAACAGUAAUUAAUAAAAUCUGUUAAGUCCAACUUGAUAGCCACAGUUUAAAGUCAAAUCUCAUCAAGUAAAAUUUCAUCUUUCGUUUAUUAAAAUUUUAAAUAAUGUUAUUUAAGCAACGAAAUUUUUUAUUGUUACAAGGAAGAAAUAAUGCAUUUAUCAAGAUUUUUUUUAACGGGAAAAAGAUAGAUUUACGUGUUAAACAU